CUUUCUAUCCCAACAAGCCCAGGGAGAGAGCCAGAAGCAGCAGCUGAUGGGGAAGCUUUUUAUUUUUAUUUUUAAAGGGACAGAACCUCUUUUUAACCAGCUCAAACCUGCCGUAUCUCAAACCUUAACCUUCCAAGAACAGAACUGGGGCAUGAAAAAUGGGAGCGAAGGGCCUUAGACAUUUAAAUUAGGGAGAAAUGCAGAAAGCCCCUCUUUUCUCUCGUCUCCUGCUUCUUCUUGCUUGCAUACACAGCCCUCUCCUCUCCCUCUGUCUGUUUUGGCCCUGGCUGGAGACAUUUCUGAGGAAAGAGACCUCAGUUCACAGACUGAAUAAAAACUUAUUAUUUUUCGGUCACCCCUUCGUGAUUUUUUUUUUUUUUUUCUGAUGCAAUGGAAAAAUAUCCAACUGGUAAACAGUCAUGAGGAUACCUCACUUUAAACCCUCAUACAUGUUGCAUGUUUUAUUGGGAAGUUAAAAAUAAAACAUGGGAAACUUGAAAGAAGUAAUGCUAGAGAACAUUGUCUUUGUUUCACUUUAUUAGAAAUGAGAGUCCUCAAAGCGAAGGUCAACAGCAUUCAGCAAUCUUGAAGAAUUGUUGCCUGCUGAAAGAAUCAAGUUUCCAUUCACAGAAAAGAUACGCCAAUCCCAUUUUUACUUGAAUCGUGUUUAUCCUGAGUUGUUGGCAACCAGUUUCAUCAACGUAGAAUUCAUGUUUGACAUUGUCGAUUCUAAUUCACCUGCCAGCGAUUGUUUAAUGAAGGCUAUAAUGGGAAAUCAGCUUGGUGUUUAGAAGGGCCCAAAAAAAUGAAGCAUAUCAAAGUCGGUUCCAAAGUGAGCCGCCUCUAACAGUUGUGUACAGUUUAAAUCUGUACCGCAUGGUCCUCUUUUGGAAGGCCAAGAUGACAUGUAGUCCAAAGACACUGAUGGGCGUUUGAUAUCUUUUGAGACGUCAUUUAUAAAAACUAAAAAAUGAAUGGAGGAAAGGAGUAUGAAGGCGAGGACAAAGGAGGGCCACCUCCCACCCAGGUUCCAAUAGGAUGGCAGCGCAAGGCGGACCCAAACAGAGUGGUUUACAUAAGUCCAAGUGGCUCAGUCCUAUCUUGCCUGGAGCAGCUUAAAACAUACCUGCUAACUGACGGAACCUGCAAGUGUGGCUUGGAAUGUCCUCUUAUUCUCUCCAAGGUGUUUAAUUUUGAUCCGGGGGCAGCUGUCAAACAGAGGACCGCAGAAGAUGUCAAAGCAGAUGAAGAUGUUACUAAGCUUUGCAUCCACAAACGGAAAAUCAUUGCAGUUGCCACUCUUCAUAAAAGCAUGGAAACACCCCAUCCUUCUGUAGUUUUAACUAGUCCAGGGGGUGGCACAAGUGCAACUCCAGUGGUACCUACACGAUCAGCAACUCCAAGAGCAAUAAGGAAUAAAUCACAUGAAGGAAUGGUUAAUUCUGUGGUCACAGAAUGCAAUAACCCUUUCAAGAUGAUGGUGAUGGCAGGUCCUAGGCAUUAUCAACAGGAACUAACUUCAGGCCAGCUGCAAGAUAUUCACGCUGGCUAUCCAAGACAAAGGCUUGGGAGUAAUGAGUAUGGACAGAAGUCUCCAUACCGUGGCAGUCAUGGUGGAUUGCCCAGCCCAGUGUCAUCAGGAUCUCAAAUAUAUGGUGACGGGUCCUUGUCUCCAAGGACUGACCCUCUGGGAAGCCCUGAUGUUUUCACACGGAACAAUCCUGGGUUUCAUGGUGUGUCUAAUUCUAGCCCCAUUCAAUUAAACAACCAGACUCCAUUAUCUCCCCAUGCAGUAAUGCUCCAUAACUCUCCAGCACAGUCAUCUUGUGCCUUGGCUGGAAGGACUAAUAUACCUCUUUCUCCUACAGUGACUACAAAAACUCCUAUUAUAAAACAGCCUAUGUGUAAUUUUUCACCCAGUAUGGACAUGCCUCGAGCAGUAUUUCACCAUAAACCCCCUCAAGUUCCACCCCCUCCCCCACCACCACCCUUACCACCCCCCUGUGCUCUUCAGAAAAAGCAAAUUACUUCAGAAAAGGACCCCUUGGGCAUCCUCGAUCCAAUCCCCAGUAAACCAGUUAGCCAGAACCAUAUGUUAAUGAACCCCUCCAAUUUCCAGUCAAAUGUUCACUCUCAGGUGCCUAUGAUGAAUGUAAACAUUCCCCCUGCUAUUGUUCCCUUGCCAAGUAACCUCCCCUUGCCAGCAGUCAAACCAGGACCCGUAAGUCAUAGCAGCCACAUGCAGAGGGUCCAGCAUGUGGCCUCCACCAUAUCACACUCCCCAGUAACCUCCCCAGUGCACAUGAUGGGACCUGUCAUGGGAAGGAUAGAGGCAUCUCCUCAAAGGUCACGCUCAUCUUCCACUUCUUCAGACCAUGGAAGCUUCAUCAUGCCACCAGGGCCUCAGGCCAGCUGUGGUAGCAUGAAGGUUCCCCCAAGGUCACCUAGGUCAUCCAUUGGAUCGCCAAGGCCAUCUAUGCCUUCAAGCCCCUCUACAAAGCUAGAUGGUCUUCAUCAUCAGUACAAAGACGUCUCCAACCAGUUGCUUGUUGGCAUGAGCAGUGUUCUUAAUGCUCAGUCCAACUCUAUGUUUCCACCCACAUCUGCUGGAAAUGCUCCACAGAAGAAUCACCCAGGGCUGCUCGGAAUGCCACUUAAUCAGAUCUUGAAUCAACAUAAUGCUGCUUCGUUUCCUGCAAGUAGCUUACUGUCAGCAGCAGCCAAAGCACAGCUAGCAAAUCAAAACAAACUGACUGGCAACAACAAUAGCAGCAGUAGGGUGAGCAGUAAUAGCAGCAGUGUCGGGCCUGUUGGCAGUGGUGGUAACGGGGAAGGACAUACCACUUUAAAUACCAUGUUUCCCCCUAAUAACGUGAUGCUGACGAUGAGUGAAGGGCAUCAGAGCGGACGAGCUGCACUACGAGACAAGCUAAUGGCUCAGGAAAAGGAUCCCUUACGUAAACGAAAGCAACCAGCUUCGGUUUUCAACAUGCUCAAGCAAUUGCCGAUGGGAGCUCCAGGAGCCUCCAAGCCUGGAACCGACCACCUGAGGAAGCAUGGUCAAAAUUCACUUCCUCCAAAUAACUCUAUGGCCCAUUUGCUUCAGUCCAUGAGCUGUCAAAAUUCUCACAUGAGUGGAAAUAAUGGCGUUGGUUGUGGUAUCUCUAAUGCUAGUAUACCUUGCUCCUCAAAUCCGCUUCAUUUUACAGACAACAGUUUCACAUCCUUUCCACCUCAGAACCUACAGUUGCAGCAUCACUCUUCCAGGGGGGAAGGAAUUCACUGCCAAAACGUAAACACUAACUUGGUUCACAGCGGAGGCCAUGUCUCUCACAGCCAGUUUGCAAGUCUGGUGAAUCAGAUGCAUGCUGCUGGGAAUUGUGGGAUGCUUAGUCAGACAGGAGUAGCUUUAGGGAGUCCCUUACAUCACCACCCUCCCCCUCAACACCACCACCAUCCUCACCACCAGCAUCACCCUCCUCCUCCUCAUCAUCCUGAGCAACAUCAUCAUCAUCAUCAUCAUCAGAACCAGACACUUUCCAGGAUCCAGGCUGCUUCAGUAGCAAUGGUACCAAAUAACAAUGGCAGCAACUGUGGCCAAGCAAGUUCAGAAGCAGGAAGUUCAGGCAUAUCGUCAUCCAUGGCAGUAGCCGGUGCCAAUCAGCCUGCCAUCACCAAGACUACAUCUGUAAUGCAGGAUGGAGUUAUUGUUCAAACCGCGAGUGGCAACCCACUGCAGGGCCAGCUACCAAUUGGUUGCGCCUUUCCAUUCAUAGGACAAGAGCAGGUGUUUCAGGUCCCACAAAAUAACCUGGCCAGCAGCAGACUCCCAAACCCCUUAAACACAAACCUUAUAGGUUCCCUCUCCAACCCCUUAGCCAUGAACAAUCAACAACAGCUCCUAAACCAGAAUCUGCUGAACAUGUUAGCAGCUCCUUCAGGAGACAGCAACCUCAACCCUCUAGACAUCCUAAACCCCAAUCUUAAUGCUGCUUUGGCUUUACUCUCUAAUGGUAUGGAUGGGCAGGCAUUGCCUCCUGGUCAGCUCCAGCUCCUAGCAGCUCUACUUCAGAAUCAAGCUCAGGUGGCCGCAAUGCUUCCUCUCCCCCCUUUCACCUUGACCCUCCCAGAUCUGUUACAGCAGCAACAACAACCAAAAAACAACCCUUUACCUUCCAUGACACCAGUCCUGCCAGACCAUUUACAAUAUAAUCAGUCAGACUGCAGUAGAUCAGAGCCCUUGCUGGCCCACGCUCUGCGGAGCUCUUUAGUGAGAGCCGACACUACUCCUAAUGCCCUACUCCUCCCUGCUGUCACUGGGGCCUCUGGGCUAAUGUCCUUGAAUCCCCAGCUGUUGGGAAGCCUCCUGAAUUUGUCAAUGGAUAGUGCUACUAAUCAUUCUGAGGUACCCAUAGCAACCUCCCAGGCAACCACUACCACAACCAGUGCAUCAUCAUCCUCCUCCUCCUCCUCCUCCUCCUCGUCAGUGGCAUCCAUGGCUGUCUCCUCGCUGGGUGGGUCGGCUAUAUCUUUGAUGGCAGAGACGCUGUUGAGCCUAUCAAACAACCCCGGGAAUGCGACAGGACCUGCUAAACUCCUCAGUGGUUCAGUGGUGCCACAACUUCUGAACCCUGUGCUGGGGACAGGUCUGCUUAGUGAUGUCUCUUCAUUAAACAGUCUGAAUAACCCACAGCUGAGUAAUCUACAGUCACUGAUUAACAACAACCACCAGAUGUUUCAUCAAAACCAGCAGCAGCUGCUUCAGGGACUGCAAGGGGUCCAGGGUCUCCAGGGGUUCCAAAGAGAGCACCCCUUCUCUAGCCCAGCUGACAGCUCCAGCCCCAUGGCCUGUCUAUUUCAAAAUUUUCAGAUGAGUUUACCUGAAGACAUUGCUGUUUCUAACAAACCGAUGAACGUUCAGUCUGGGAUGACAUCACUUCCUGAGAAUCCCAGCGCAGGUCUCCCUGCUUUCCGAGAUGGCCCUUGUGAAUCACAGCCACAAAGAACCGAACAAGCUGCAGGCCAGCAGGCUGCAGGUAGCCUCCCAGGAACAGGUCCCGGGGGGAACUCCUCUGUGGAUGCAAUUUACAAAGCCGUGGUGGACGCCGCCAGCAAGGGCAUGCAGGUGGUCAUCACCACAUCCGUGACUAGCACCACCCAGAUGAGCCCCAUCCCAGCUCUGAGUGCCUUUACUGCCUCCAUUGCAGACCCUGUCAACCUCUCCCAUGCCGUCAAUGCAGUCCUACACGGCAGAAGACCUUUGUGGCAAGAGCCAGAAACCCGCGCCAGAAACACUAGGGGAUCAAGGAUGCGGAAGAGCUCCGAGCAGGGAAAAAGCACUCCAGAAGGGGGGGAGGCCUAUGAGUACUUCAAAUCUCCAGGCUGCAAAACCCCUAGGAAACUGUGGGAGGGAGACCAAGUCCCAGGAGCAGAUGGAAAUCCGUGGAAGUUUGAAGAGUUUUUAGGGCGCUCUGCCCAUGUCCACAGCAGCCCUUGCAAGGAGAGGCCUAACAACAUAUCACCAAUGCUGCCACUGCCUAUUGAGAAUCAGCAACACCACCAUCAUACAGUAUUAAUGCCAAAUGAAAAUAGGUUUCUUGAGGAGAACUUCAGAUUUAACAAUUGCAAAAGAACAGUGGUGAAUUUUAAGGGGAGACAGGAGAACACAGUGGAAAGGUGUGCAUACAUUAACGGCAACCAGCCUCAUCCAGGCAGGGGUUACAGGGAGUUCCUGAGCACCCCCAAGCAGGACCUGGCAACAGAGGAUCAAUCCCCCAGCUCCUCCACCAGCUUGGAAGGUUCUUUGGUGAAAGACUACAUUCAUUACAAUGGAAACUUCAGUGCAGAGAGAAUUAAUGGGUGUGCCCCGAGCCCUUCAGACACUAAAAGCAUUAGCAGCGAGGAGGACUUGAGGAAUCCAGACUCUCCUUCUUCCAACGAGUUAAUACAUUACAGUUCUAGGACGUUUAAUGCAGGUGACUUGGUCUGGGGCCAGAUCAAAGGUUUCACUUCAUGGCCUGGUAAACUGGUGAGGGAGGAGGAGGUGCACAGUUCCUCUGUACAGAACACUGAGGAAGGGAAGGUCUGGGUAAUGUGGUUUGGUGUUCAUACCUUCACUCAGGUGGAGCCAGGGAAGUUGAAGACACUAACUGAAGGUCUAGAAGCCUUCAACCGAGCCAGGAAGAGGAACAGAAAAGGUGGGAAGUUGAAUCAUCACUUAGAAGCUGCUAUUCACGAGGCUGUGAGUGAAAUGUCAGGCAGUGUUCACCAGAUUCCACAGAUUGGCAGACAGGUGAAACUACCGAAACCUAAAAGAAGGAAGAUCUCUAGAUAGCAUUGAAUGUCUUCAUCAGCAGUCCAGUACCUAUCAGUGGAGCUGUGUAUAUACAGAGUCUUAAACAUUAACACCACAAGGUGCUACAUUCAAACUGUGGUACAGUAUUUUUGCAAUCAGGACGACAAUAAACAUGCUGGAUAAGCCAAUCAGAAAACGUUGUGAGAUCAUGGUUACAAUUUAUCUACAGCUUGCUGAAGAAAUAUUUUUAAAAAACCUAAUAAAUAAAUUAAAAAAUAUAUAUAUAACACUGCAUACAAGAUAAAUACAGUCCCAAAUAUUUGAUACAUUUUCAAUAUGUAUAUAGAUAAUGCAUAAUUUCGUGGUGAUAUUCAGAAAAGAUAUGUAAAUAUUGUACAAUAUUGUCAUGUACAAGCGUACUUAAUGCACACUAUUUUAUUGUACAAAAAAUGUACAAAUGUCUUUGUUUUUAUUCAGUAUACAGUCAAGAAAGCUAACAGUGUAAACAGGAUAAAUAAAAAAGAAAUACAGCCUAAAGGUUUUAUAUGACUAUAUUUAAAUUGCUGUUUUUGUAUUAAACAGCAAAGGAAAAGGCAUGAUUUAUGUAAUCCCUUGAUUUAUGACUGACACUUCACACCAGUAAGUGUUCAUUUAUGUAUGUCUGAAUGGAAUGAACUUUACCAGUUGCAUGUGCUUCCGAGCAGUCACGACGUUGGAGCAGAUCCUUGCAUUAGAUUUUGGGGGAGCAGGUUGUGCAAAUGGUUGUCUAAAGUGAGAGGUAAUUUUUUAUUUCAAGUCUUUUUUUUAUUAUUCCUUAAUUGCACUAGUGAGAUUUGUAAACAUUCAAACUCAUUAUUUGCAUAUUUUCAGAAAGUGGAUACUUAUUGAUUUGUUUUCACACAUUUGAGGAUGUCCUAAAGGAUGCCAUCAGAAGCUUAAAAAAACUGGUAAAAGUAAAUCACUAUUCUUGAAAAUAUUUCAUACAUAAUAUUAACAGGUGUUUACAGAAGGACUAAAAGAGUGAGUUACAUUUAUAAGACAUUCAUAAAGAGUUUUAAUUCCACAAAGCUUCAUCAGUGGUACAGAUUUAUUUAAUUUUAGAGGCCUUAAAGAUGUUUUUGUUGUAAACAUUAAAUGUAUGCCAUAUUUAUUUAUAGUUAAUUUAAUUAGUAGUAUAGUUGGCAAUAAUUAUUGUAAGAGUUUUAAACUCUGAAUGGCCUAUUUUUUUUUUAUUCUUCUGUAAUGAGGUAUAGCCCAUGUCUGACCCUUUGGUAUGCAAUCAGUUGCAUAACAUGCUAUUAAUCUACUAUCAUAUUAAAAAGUAACUGUUUGAUGGGGGCAAAAAAGUUUGUAUCCUCUUACCAAAAUAGAUAGACAAAUAAAUGCAGAGUUAUAUUUAAACAUGAUAAUGGGAAUUCCAUAAAGAAAUAUUACUGAACACUGCUAAACUAAUUUUGUAAUGAUGGAUCACAUAUGUGGAGCACUAAACAGUUAGUAGCUAAACCAAAACUAAUAUAUAUAUACACACACACACACACACACACACAGCUGUGCAAAAGUCUGACGUUGCAUUUUGAU